AUGCUGGUCUCCUCUGAUCCCUCGCUCCCCUCUCCCUGGCUGGCCGCCAUGGUGACGGCCUUGGUGGUCCUCCUGGCGUGGAGGUGGCUGGCUCCGGACCCCCCCCAGCAGCAGGGACCCAUGCCCUGCCUGCCUCACCUCCCGCUGCUUGGCAGCCUGCCCUGGCUCCGAGCACACCUGCCCCCCCACCUGCUCUUCACACAGCUGUCCCGCAGGUACGGUCCCCUCUACUCCUUCUACCUGGGCCCUCACUACACGGUGGUGAUCAACAGCCUCCCCCACGUCAAAGAGGUUCUGCUUGCAGAGAGGAAAGGACUUCGCCGGCCGCCCCUUCAUGUGUUCGACUCCAGCUGA